GUGGUUUCGAGUUGGUUAGCUUUUAACCAUCUCAGUGAAAUGGUUAAGUGCUGUUAUUUUUAUAUGGCGAAACUACGCUAAAUGAAGUGGGUUAUCGGGAUAACCAACUCAACAGCCAUAACUACGUGGUUAGCUCCGUUGGGGACAUGGUAUUAGGCACCCGCGGGAUCCCGCGUUUUGUAUGGGAAAUAACCUAAUGUGACUAAACAUACAACUAUCGAUAGUGUUUAGAAAAUUCGAUAGUGCCGCCAAAUUAAACCAUCGAUACUAUCGAUAGCCCCAUCGAUAAUUUUCCAUCACUAUCAAAUAGCUUAUUACAAGGAUUAUGUUGCGUUUAAUACCCUUUCGUCCAAUUUUAGUUAAUAAGUUUAAGGAAUUAUGCAAUAACAAUCUGUUGAUGGCAAGUCCUCACUGCUUUUCCAAUGCAUAUAUGUCAUGUCAUGUCGACGGGUCUCGGAGUUUACCACGGUUAAUGGACUUCCCGGAAAUAUUGUGGCCGUCUACAAUCAAUACUUUGAAAAAUUGGUUCUUAAUCCAAUUCAUAAUUCGCCCAUACUUCGAAAAAGAUUUUACGAUCAGAGACUUCGUUUUCGGUGCUAAACAUGCCCUUCAGAGAAUAUAGACGUCGUCAGCAUACAGGCAGUGAUCGACUCGAUUGUAGGAUUUUAUAAUGUCGCUGAUUUCGUUAAAGGCAAUAUUAAAGAGAAUGACUGAAAGCGGAGAGCCCUGUGGGAUUCCAUUGCUUAAGGGAUAUAUGUUGGAAAGUACAUUUUGGAUCCUUACCCGGAAUUUUCUAUUGCUUAAAAAGGAUUUUAUGAACUUGAAGAUUUUGGGGCCAACUCCCCAAGAAUGAAGCCGCCGAAGAAUUAUGUGUGACCCGAUUCGGUCAAAUGCUUUUUCGAAAUCCAGUGACAGAAUGGAGACGUGGUUGCUAGCUGAAAGAGCUUUUGUGACAUAGAAGUCUACGUGGAGUAGUGCGUCAGUGCAGCCUCUAUUUGCUCUGAAAGCAACCUGGUUGGGGUUUAUUAGUUGCUGUGUCUCGAUAAGCCACGCAAUUCGGUUCGUUAUUAUCCGCUCAAGUGUUUUUGAUAAACAAGAAAGUAGUGAUAUCGGACGGUAUCCAUCGGUAGUGAGGGGGUUUUUAUUCGGCUUACGGAUAGGUAUUAUGGCUGCUAUUUUCCAAUUCUGUGGAAUAAUGCCCGUUUCAAAUAUACUGUUAUAUAGGUGUAAAAGUCGAGAUUUCCCUAUUGCGGAUAGCUCUUUAAUCAUCUUGUAGGAAAUACGGUCGAAGCCGGGUGUUUUUCCUUUUGCUUUGGCAGUGCACAUAGAUAAUUCGAUUUCACAGAUUUGUUUUUCGAUAAGGGCUGCUGAUGGAUGUACUUCAUUAAGUGGGGAUAUCUGAUUUAAGACCAUGUCUUUUUCUAUUGUAAAAUGAUUAGGAAAAUUGCUGUCAGAUGAAUAGGUGGACCAUACUGAUCCAAACUGGUUGGCAAUCACAGUGGGGUCUGAGGAAGUGGUGUUGUUGGUUUUUAUGGCGACGAUGGGGUUGUGUGGGCUUCGGUGGCAGAGCCUAUUUAUUUUGUUCCAUAUUUCAAGGACGGAUGAGGAGGGGGGAUAUGGAUUCUGUGAACUUUUGGAAGCUAGCUCUUUUUUGGGUUUUCAUUUCUUUUCUGAACUUUGCGUUCAGCUUUUUGAAGUUUAUAAGGUUUUCGGAAGUUUGGUU